AUGGCUAUUAAAAUUGGUAUUAACGGUUUCGGUAGAAUUGGACGUUUAGUCUUAAGAGUUGCAUUACAAAGAAAAGAUAUUGAUGUAGUUGCUAUUAAUGAUCCAUUUAUUGCUCCAGAUUAUGCUGCUUAUAUGUUUAAAUAUGAUUCAACUCAUGGUGCUUAUCAAGGUGAAGUUAAAGCUGAAGGUGAUAAUUUAAUUAUUGAUGGUCAUAAAAUUAAAGUUUUCCAAUAUAAAGAUCCUGCAGAAAUUCCAUGGGGUAAAAAUGGUGUUGAAUAUGUAAUUGAAUCAACUGGUGUUUUCACUACUAUUGAAGGUGCUAAAAAACAUAUUGAAGGUGGUGCUAAAAAAGUUAUUAUUACUGCUCCAUCAUCAGAUGCUCCAAUGUUUGUUGUUGGUGUUAAUGAAGAUAAAUAUACUCCAGAUUUAGAUAUUAUUUCAAAUGCUUCAUGUACUACUAAUUGUUUAGCUCCAUUAGCUAAAAUUGUUAAUGAUAAUUUUGGAAUUGAAGAAGGUUUAAUGACUACUGUUCAUUCAAUGACUGCUACUCAAAAAACUGUUGAUGGUCCAUCACAUAAAGAUUGGAGAGGUGGUAGAACUGCUUCAGGUAACAUUAUUCCAUCAUCAACUGGUGCUGCUAAAGCUGUUGGUAAAGUUAUUCCAGAAUUAAAUGGUAAAUUAACUGGUAUGUCAUUAAGAGUUCCAACUGUUGAUGUUUCAGUUGUUGAUUUAACUGUUAGAUUAAAAAAACCAACUUCAUAUGAAGAAAUUUCAAAAGCUAUUAAAAAAGCUUCAGAAGGUGAAUUAAAAGGAAUUGUUGGUUAUACUGAAGAUGCUGUUGUUUCAACUGAUUUCUUAGGUUCAUCAUAUUCAUCAAUUUUUGAUCAAAAAGCUGGUAUUUUAUUAUCACCAACUUUUGUUAAAUUAGUUUCAUGGUAUGAUAAUGAAUUUGGUUAUUCAACAAGAGUUGUUGAUUUAUUAGAACACGUUGCUAAAGUUUCAAAAUAA